AUGAAAGCUCAGUUAUCCAUACAAUUCAUGCUACUCCAACAGUUCCAGCUCAUCAAAUUGUUCACACUGCUAAUACUGGAAGAUUCAGUCCUCUUGAAUGUGUUCAAGAAAAUGUUCUUGAAGAUAUUGUGGUUAAUGAAGAUAAAAAAAGAUGAUGUUGUAGAAACUCCUCAAAUCAAAUUUGUAAAUGGAAAGACAGGAACUAUCUCUGAUGAAACUGUUAAGGUUACAUCAUGGUCUAAAGUGGUUGAAAAGCAAGUGAUUAAUCCUACUUCUAUUACUUCCACUUCUCAACAUUAUCCAGGUGCAGUUAAAGGUGGUAAUCCAAUUGUUACAAAUAAGAAACAUAAUCUCAGACAAAAUCAAGGUGAUUUAAAUGCUAUAAUUUCACCUGAAGAAAAAUUUGGUGGUAAAGCUCCUAACAGAAGUUCAAUGAUGGAUUUUCUUCAUUUCCUGAAUGAAUGCAACUUAAUUCAAUCUCCUAGCACAGGACAGCAAUACACCUGGUCCAAUUGUCAACAAGGUACAAAAAGAAUCCUAUGUGUCUUAGAUAAAGCUGUUUUCAAUUCUUUGUGGUUACAAAAAUAUGGUGAUUGGGGAUAUAAGGUUGGAUUAAGGAUAAUUUCAGAUCAUGCUCCUUUAUUAUGUGGUUGUGCAAGUAUACCAAGACCAAAAAAUGUUCCCUGGAAAUUUCAGAAAAUGUGGAUUGAUCAUCCAUUAUUCUUAAGUGAAGUGAAGAAAGUAUGGACUGAGAAUAUUAUUGGAGAUCCAUCAUUUAUUUUCUUGCAGAAGCUAAAGAAUUUAAAAAAGGUUCUAAGUGAGUGGAAUUGGAGUAUUUUUGGUAACAUUAAUACAAAAAUUAAAGAGGCAGAAGUGAAGGUUCAAAAAGCAAUGGAGCUAUCUGAUCAAAAUCCUUUAAAUGAAGAUCUCUUAGCCAACUUAGUAGCAGCUCAAAAUGAAUAUGCAACAAGAGAAGUUCAAGCAAAUACUCUUAUGAGACUUGAAUCCAGAGCAAAAUGGAUUAAAGAUGGUUCUGCAAACACUGCAUACUUCCAUGCUAGAAUGAAGAUUAGACAAGCAAGAAAUACAAUCAGUGAACUAGAAGAUGCAGAUGGAAAUAUUAUUAGUGAUCAAUCUCAAAUUGCAAACAUUUUAGUCAAACAUUUUCAACAAAAAUUUGAAGCUCAAAAUGUGGAUGUUUCUGAAGAAUUGCUGGAUGUUAUUCCUUCAGUUAUUACAAAUGAAGAUCAAGAAAUGUUGGACUCCAUUCCCACCACAGAAGAAAUCAAGAAAAUUGUUUUUGAAAUGAACUCAGAUAGUGCACCUGGUCCAGAUGGAUUUCCUGGAUCAUUUUAUAAAAGUGCUAAGAAACCAAGUCAAUACAGACCAAUUGGAUUGAGUAAUGUAUUAUUCAAAAUUUUCACAAAGAUAAUUUCUGUCAGAAUGAAUGGACUCAUGGAGAAGUUAAUUUCAUCACAACAGGCUGCUUAUGUUAAAGGGAGAAGCAUUCAAGAACAAAUACUUCUAGCUUCAGAGAUGGUUAAUAAAAUGAGGAAAAAGAGAAGAGGUGGUAAUGUGGCUUUGAAACUGGACAUAUCUCAGGCUUAUGAUUUUGUAAGUUGGACUUUUCUUCUUAAAGUUAUGUGCAAAUAUGGAUUUUCUUCAUCUUGGUGUAAUUGGUUGUUAAGCAUUUUUGAAUCUGCAAAAUUAUCAGUAAUGAUCAAUGGAGGACCAUGUGGUUUUUUCUCAAUGCAUAGGGGUCUUAAGCAGGGUGAUCCAUUAUCCCCUAUCUUAUUUAUUUUGAUGGAGGAUGUAUUGAGUAGGAAUAUCACAAAUUUGGUUAAUACAGGGCAAAUAACUCCAAUGGUAGUCAGGAAUCGAAUAUACCCAACUCACUUAUUUUUUGCUAAUGAUGUUUUCUUAUUCUGCAAUGGAGCUAAGAAGACUUUGCUUUGUCUAUUCAAGCUGAUUGAAAAAUAUCAACAUAGCUCUGGUCAGAUGAUUAACAAAGCCAAAAGCAAGUGUUUUAUUGAUGGCACCAAUUCAGUCAGAAAGCACCAAAUUAGCAGUAUAAUUGGUAUGGAUAUAUCUUGUUUUCCAGAUAAGUAUCUUGGUAUCAUUCUAGCUCCAGGAAGGGUAACUACAGAAAUGGUCUGGCCAAUGGUACUUAUGCUUCAGAGUAAACUUGCAACUUGGAAAGGAAAAUUACUAUCUUUUCAUGAUAGACUGAUUCUUGUUAAAACAGUGUUGUGCAGUUACCCUCUUUACAAUAUGGCAGUUUACAAAUGGCCAUCUUCUGUUAUUAAGAUCUGUGAAAAACUAAUAAGAAACUUUAUAUGGUCAGGUGAUGGUGAGAUUAGAAAGUACAAAACUUUAUCUUGGAAGAAGAUCUGUGUGCCAUACAAUGAAGGUGGCUUGGGUCUGCAAUGGGCUUGGCUUACUUUACAAGAAGACAUCUCUUGGAAGGUUGGAAAUGGAGCUAACAUCUCAGUCUGGUUUGAUAACUGGUAUGGAUCAUCCCCACUAAUCAAUGAAAUUGGUUACACAGAAUUUAUCCAUAACAAUAUGCAAUUAAAAGUUCAGAACUUAAUCAGGAAUAACCAAUGGAAUAUACAUCCUCAGUUGCAGCAUUUGUUACAGUAUGAUAAUUUGCCUCAGAUCCACAGUGGAAGUGAUUCCAUAAUAUGGAACCUACAUACAAGUGGUCUGUUCAAUAAUGCAAAGGCAGUGGAGAAAAUAAGACACAAGGAAGACAAGGUAGAAUGGUCUUCUUAUAUAUGGAGAAAAUCCUUGCAUCCAACUAUUGCCAGCAACAUUUGGAAACUUCUGCAGGGAGUUUAUGUGAAUGAUGACAUGAAAAGAAAGCAGGGAUAUGAAAUGCCUUCUAGGUGCUGUAUCUUCAAAUCAGAAAAGGAUUUUAUGGAGCAUACACUGUGGCUUUGUGAAUUCAGUGUUCAGGUUUGGAAUUGGAUUAGCAAUAUAUUUCAAUUUCCCAGGCCAUACUCUUUUUCAGAUGUUUUCUCUGCAGCAAAACAACACAGUCCUUUCAUUGAUGAAGUAUGGACUGUUUCUUCUUGUACUGUCAUUAAGGAACUAUGGUUUCAAAGAAACAGGAUUUUCUUUGAAGGUGGUGAUGUUAACUUUCAUGGCUUCAAGCACAGGAUAAUGAAGACAAUCAAAGAACAUGGAGUUAGAAUAAGAGGAGUUAGAUGGAAUAACACCUAUGAAAAUCAAAUUCUUAGUUACCUUAAAAUUGAUUCUUAA